ACCCUCCUGCCCAGACAGCUCGCCCUGCACACACACACACACUCACACUCACACACGCUCUCAACUCACUCCCGCUCAACACAGCGCUCACUUCUCAUCUCCAAUCUCAUGGUGGCCGAGCACCCCACGCCACCACAGCCGCACCAACCACCGCCCAUGGACUCCACCGCCGGCUCUGGCAUUGCCGCCCCGGCGGCGGCGGCGGUGUGCGACCUGAGGAUGGAGCCCAAGAUCCCGGAGCCAUUCGUGUGGCCGAACGGCGACGCGAGGCCGGCGUCGGCGGCGGAGCUGGACAUGCCCGUGGUCGACGUGGGCGUGCUCCGCGACGGCGACGCCGAGGGGCUGCGCCGCGCCGCGGCGCAGGUGGCCGCCGCGUGCGCCACGCACGGGUUCUUCCAGGUGUCCGAGCACGGCGUCGACGCCGCUCUGGCGCGCGCCGCGCUCGACGGCGCCAGCGACUUCUUCCGCCUCCCGCUCGCCGAGAAGCGCCGCGCGCGCCGCGUCCCGGGCACCGUGUCCGGCUACACCAGCGCCCACGCCGACCGCUUCGCCUCCAAGCUCCCAUGGAAGGAGACCCUCUCCUUCGGCUUCCACGACCGCGCCGCCGCCCCCGUCGUCGCCGACUACUUCUCCAGCACCCUCGGCCCCGACUUCGCGCCAAUGGGGAGGGUGUACCAGAAGUACUGCGAGGAGAUGAAGGAGCUGUCGCUGACGAUCAUGGAACUCCUGGAGCUGAGCCUGGGCGUGGAGCGAGGCUACUACAGGGAGUUCUUCGCGGACAGCAGCUCAAUCAUGCGGUGCAACUACUACCCGCCAUGCCCGGAGCCGGAGCGGACGCUCGGCACGGGCCCGCACUGCGACCCCACCGCCCUCACCAUCCUCCUCCAGGACGACGUCGGCGGCCUCGAGGUCCUCGUCGACGGCGAAUGGCGCCCCGUCAGCCCCGUCCCCGGCGCCAUGGUCAUCAACAUCGGCGACACCUUCAUGGCGCUGUCGAACGGGAGGUAUAAGAGCUGCCUGCACAGGGCGGUGGUGAACCAGCGGCGGGAGCGGCGGUCGCUGGCGUUCUUCCUGUGCCCGCGGGAGGACAGGGUGGUGCGGCCGCCGCCGAGCGCCGCCACGCCGCAGCACUACCCGGACUUCACCUGGGCCGACCUCAUGCGCUUCACGCAGCGCCACUACCGCGCCGACACCCGCACGCUCGACGCCUUCACGCGCUGGCUCGCGCCGCCGGCCGCCGACGCCGCCGCGACGGCGCAGGUCGAGGCGGCCAGCUGAUCGCCGAACGGAACGAAACGGAACGAACAGAAGCCGAUUUUUGGCGGGGCCCACGCCCACGUGAGGCCCCACGUGGACAGUGGGCCCGGGCGGAGGUGGCACCCACGUGGACCGCGGGCCCCGCGCCGCCUUCCAAUUUUGGACCCUACCGCUGUACAUAUUCAUAUAUUGCAAGAAGAAGCAAAACGUACGUGUGGGUUGGGUUGGGCUUCUCUCUAUUACUAAAAAAAAUAUAAUGGAACGACGGAUGAAUGGAUGCUUAUUUAUUUAUCUAAAUUGAAUUCGAAUUCGGCUCA